GACUAUAAGAGCGUCGAUGGUAUUCGAAGCAUUGCUAUCUGGACCUUGUUUGAUUCCCCCAUCUUCUCCUAUUCGAAACUAGUCAAUCUCCCCAAGUUACCCUAGAAAUCCGCUCACCAUGUCCCACGGAAAGAUUAUUACUUUGUCCAGCGGUGCACCUCUGCCACAGAUUGGCCUCGGAACCUGGCUUUCGAAGCCUAACGAAGUUGAGAAUUCCGUUGAAAUUGCUGUCCGUAACGGCUACAGGCACCUCGAUCUCGCCAUGAUCUACGAGAAUCAGGAUGAGGUUGGUCGCGCAUUGAAAAAGGUCAUCCCCUCUGUGGUCAAGCGGGAGGAGCUCUUCAUCACCUCGAAACUCUGGAACAGCAGCCACAAGCCCGAGAAUGUCGAGAAGGAGCUCGAUGAGACAUUGAAACUUCUUGGUCUCGAGUACCUCGAUCUCUACCUCAUUCACUGGCCUGUUGCCUUCCCUCCAGGCGGGUUCUUCCCUCCUCACCCAACGAAGAAGAACGAGGUUGCUAUUGACACCGAGACCAGUUUGGUGGACACCUGGAAGGCUGUGAUUGAGCUUCUCAAAACCGGCAAAGUCAAGGCCAUUGGUGUCUCUAACUUCACUAUUGAGCACAUCCAGGGUAUCGUUGAUGCAACUGGUGUCUGGCCGACUGUGAACCAGGUUGAGGCACACCCGCUUCUUCCUCAGGAUGAUCUCGUCGAAUUCGCCAAGAAGCACAACAUUCACUUGACCGCAUACAGCCCUCUCGGUAACAACUUGAUUGGGCAGACUAAGCUUGUCGAUUACCCCGAGGUUAAGGAGGUCGCCGACAAGAUCGGUGCUACUCCUGCUCAGGUUCUGAUUGCUUGGGGCGUAUACCGAGGCUACUCCGUCAUCCCCAAAAGUGUCCAUGAGGAGCGUAUCAAGUCUAACUUCCAGCAGAUCACUCUCUCGAAGGAGGACUACGAGAAGAUCUUUGCCAUCGGCAAGAACAGACAUACCCGAUUCAAUAUUCCAGUCACUUACGAUCCCAAGUGGGAUAUCAACGUCUUCAACGAGCCUAUUGAGAGGACCGCUACGCACAAGGUUAAAAUCGCCUGAAGUGGGAGCAUUGUUGGUAUAACGUGGUCCCUUCUAGCAUUUGUCUCGUCAGUCGCACUAUUGUUGUUAUGAUAUGAGGAUCGUAAGUAGAGAAGAAAAGAAGCAGUACUGUAUGUAGUUUUAUAGACUCGUUUCGUUUAUGUCUCGGUGGUCUGCCGCUUACGUUCGGUAUGCAGCGUGGGUGGCCCUUUCUCCCUGUCCCUCAGUUGAACGCUAUACCUUUGUAAGGCUGCACAACCUAGGCCAGAUAUCCAAUGUGCAGCACACUUAAAAAUCCAUCACAACUCCCCAGGUCCUGGACGUUCGCCAACAUUACAUACUUACCAUAUCCAGAUUACC